AUGCCUGUCCCAAUUUCAGAAGAAAAAGACCGCGUUUCAGUCGCCAUCAUUGGCGGCGGUAUCGUUGGCCUCAUCCUCGCAGUCGGUCUUAUCCAACAAAACAUCGAAGUAACAGUAUACGAACAGGCUCAAGGCUUCCGUGAAAUCGGGGCCGGAAUCGCUUUUACGGCCAAUGCUAUCAAGUGCAUGGAAAAAAUUGAUCCGGCAAUUGUUACGGCCUUGCGCUCUAGCGGAUCGGUCGCGACCUCCAAUGGUGAUGAGACAGACCCUAAUGACUACCUCCGCUGGAUCGACGGAUACAACCAAAUAAAUCAAGAUGAUCCAUACUAUCAGCGCAUGUUGUACAAGAUAGAUGCUGGGUAUCGGGGAUUUGAAGGAUGCAGACGUGAUCAGUUCCUUGAGUCUUUGGUGAAGAUUAUUCCUGAAGACGUGAUUCACUGUCGGAAGAGACUGGAAGACCUGCAAGAAGGAGAAGACGGAAAGCUUCACCUGGUGUUCGAGGAUGGGAGUGUCACAGAGGCUGAUGCGGUAAUUGGCUGUGAUGGCAUUAAAUCCCGAGUCCGCACCGUGCUUCUUGGGGAAGAAAGUCCAGCCAGUCACCCUGGAUACACACACAAGGUCGCUUAUCGUGCACUCAUCCCAAUGGAUGAUGCCAUCGAAGCCCUUGGGGAGUAUAAGGCAAAUAACCAGCAUAACCACGUGGGCCCAAAUGCACACCUCAUCCACUACCCUGUCGCCAACAAGAGAUUGAUCAACGCAACAGCCUUUAUAUCAGAUCGCAAUGAGUGGAAACAUGAGAAGACCACUGCAAUGGGUGAAAAGGCAGAGCUCCUCUCCGCUUUCGCGGGCUGGAGCCCAUGUGUGCGCAACAUCAUUGAUCUGUUCCCAGAAAAGCUUGACAAAUGGGCUGUGUUCGAUCUUUGGAAUUACCCAGCACCCUAUUACAACAAGGGAUCAGUGUGCGUUGCAGGCGAUGCUGCGCAUGCAUCGAGCCCACAUCAUGGCGCUGGUGCAUGUAUGGGUAUCGAGGACGGUCUUUGUUUGUCCACGCUGCUGAAAGAAGUAAAUAGAACAGUCAAAGAGAAUCCUUCAGCCAAAAGACACGCACUCGAGACAGCUUUCGAGACUUACAACGCUGUUCGUCGCACCCGAAGCCAGUGGUUAGUGAACAGCAGUCGACGGGUCUGUGACUUUUAUCAUCAACCGGAGUGGGCGGAGCAGGCAAAAUGGGUUAAAGCGCAGACGUGCUUUGAGGAGCUGAAGGAUCGAUCAUACAAGAUCUGGCAUUUUGACCAUGAAGGCAUGAUCCAGGAAACCAUUAAAGGCUAUUGUGGUAAUGUGCUGUUAAAUAAUAGAUCGGGUAGUGAGGUGUAA